AUGGAAGAGAAUCACAUCUACCAGUUCUCGCUACUCAAUGCCUUGAUGGACGGUGUCAGCGAGCACGGAAUCCGCGCCUCUCAGCUCUCACAGAAAGGGAACCAAGGCCUCGGAACUUUCUCCCGCAUGAAUGGCGAACUUCUCAUGCUGGAAGGCAAGAUCUAUCAGCUCCAAGCUGAGGGGUCAGUGCGAGAGGCAGAUGAGACAGAUCAGAUUCCGUUCGCUGUAAGCACGAACUUCGUGCCGCAGAAGAGCGAACUUGUAGAUAUGAAGGGCAAAGAAGCAGUGGAUGAGGUGCUAGAAAGGUUUUAUCCCGGCAAGAAGAACCUUUUCGUCACGUAUCGUGUCGAAGGCAAGUUCUCGUAUCUCAACUGUCGAACUGUAAGAGGGCAGGAGUAUCCCGGUCAACCCCUCUCGGAGUUGGGCAAGAAACAGUCGGUCGAGGAGUACCAUGACAUCAGUGGCACGAUUAUUGGCUUCAGGACGCCGAAGAAUUGGCAAGGCUUUGGUGUUGGUGGUGAGCAUCUGCAUUUCAUUGACGAGGGAAGGAGUCGGGGUGGGCACGUGCUUGAGGUUCGAGCGGAGGGUGUCAAAGUGGGUGUGGCUGUGUGUCGGAGCGUGCAUAUUGAGCUGCCGGACGACGAAGACUUCAACAAGGCGAGCCUGGUGACUGAUGAUGCUGGUGUCAAGGAGGUGGAAGGUUGA